AUGUUGUCUAAGGCCGGUAAGGAAAUUCUUAUUAAAGCAGUUGCUCAGUCUAUUCCUACUUAUACUAUGAGUGUUUUCCAACUCCCUUUGAAACUUUGUGAUGAGCUAGAUGCAAUGUAUGCUAAGUUUUGGUGGGGACAGGUGGGGAAUGAAAGGAAAAUUCAUUGGCAAAGGUGGGAAAAAUUGAUGUUAUCAAAGAGGGAGGGAGGAUUGGGUUUUAGAGAUCUAAGGGCCUUUAAUUUAUCAAUGUUAGCUAAACAAGGGUGGAGGUUGCUGCAUGAUAAUAAUUCUUUAGUAUUUCAAUGCCUUAAAGCUAGAUAUUUUCCAAGAACUUCUCUUUUUGAUGCCAAGGAGUCCCCAAAUUGCUCUUUUGUUUGGAAGAGUAUUGUGGAUGUUUUUCCUAUUUUGAAGUUUGGAUGUUGUUGGAGAGUUGGGAAUGGCCAUUCAAUUCGGAUUCUAGGGGAUAAAUGGAUACCAAAUUAUCCAUCAAAUGCGCCUCUACAUCUAGUGAAGGAUGAAGUUCGUGAGGUGACUAUUGCUGAAUCAAUUGACCAAGACUUGCAUGCAUGGAGGUCUAAUUUUAUCAUGGAUAUGUUUGAAAAAGAAGAUGUCGAAGCUAUUUGUAGAAUACAACUCAGCUGA